AUGGCACCCGAGGUGGCCAGCGCGGUCCCCGGGCCUGGAGUGGUGAUCGACUACAGCAAGGCGGACGCUUGGGCUGUGGGGGCGAUGGCCUAUGAGAUCUGUGGUCAGCCCAACCCCUUCUACAGAGAAGUGGGCCUUGAGAGCCGGAAAUAUCACGAGUCCGAUCUGCCAGCUCUGCCCUCCACUGCCCCGGGCGAGAUACAACUAGUGACCCGACUGCUGCUGAGAAGGAACCCACAGAAGCGUCCCAGUGCUCGUGUGGCUGCUAACAUGCUCCAGCUGAGCCUGUGGGGGAGGAGAGCGCUGGCAGAGCAGGGCAGUGAGAGCACGAGGCGCCUGGUGGACUGGCUGCUGUGUCAGUCUGCUGUGGUUCUCCUCCGCGGCUGCAGAGGGCCCCGCGGCAGCACUGUGGAGGCCGAGCUGCAGAGGAGCUUCUUGUCAAACCUGGAGCUGGAGGAGCUGCGUACGGCUGCGGGGUUCCUCCUCUACGGACAGAAUCUCUGCGUCAUGUCGCCAUAA